CGGGCACCGAGUCGUCUGGCGGGAACAGGGGCAUCGAGUCAACUGGCGGGACUGCGGGCACCGAGUCGUCUGGCAAGACUGCGGGCACCGAGUCGUCUGGCAAGACUGCGGGCACCGAGUCGUCUGGCAAGACUGCGGGCACCGAGUCGUCUGGCAAGACUGCGGGCACCGAGUCGUCUGGGCAAGACUGCGGGCACCGAGUCGUCUGGCAAGACAGUGGGCUCCGAGUCAACAGGCACGACAGUGGGCACCGGGUCAUCAGGUAUCGGACUGUCUGGCUCGACAGGGGCAUCGGGUCACCAGGCAUCAGGUCAUUUGGCUUGCCAGCGGGCACCGCGUCAUCUGGCAAGGCAGUGUGGCACCGGGUCACCAGGUAUGACAGCGGGCUCUGAGUCAAUUGGCACGACAGCGGGCACUGGAUCAGGUACCCGGAUCAUCUGGAUCAACAGCGGGCAUCGAGUCAACUGG